AGUGACUUCUCAUUUAAUAUAUAGGGGGAUGUUUAAAUAUAUGAAGUUAUAAUUGUGGUGGGUUACUGUUAAAACAAAAUAGUUUAGUAAAAAGUAAACUUGAUAAUUAUAAAGUGUGAUUAAUAAUUAAUGAUAAAAUAAAAAUAUAAUAUAUCUAAAACAAAGAUAAAAUAUAUUUUUUGAAAAGAAUAAAUGAAGCAAAAUAUUAAAAUAAAUAUUAUUUCAUGUCUUUCAUGUUGAAGAUAGUAAAUUUUUAAGGAUGAAAAUGAAACCAACUAUUAUUUACAAUAUGUAUAAAUUUAUUAGUAAAUGAAAAUCAAACACAGAUAAAAAUAUUCUUUAAAAUAAUUUCUUGUCAAAUGUAAAUUUAGUCUAAUUAUUAUAGGCAGAUGUUUAAAAAAGCAUUAAGAAAACAUAUUCUUCUGUUUAUUUUCCAAGAAUAUCUUCUUUCAGUAAUAUAAUUCUCGAAAUUGAAACAAGCGAAAACAGACACUACACUAUUUCGAAAAUUUAUCCAAUUAAUAAAAUUACGUGUAAUAUUUGCCUUCUUAGCAGCAAACUACGUGCAGUUUAAAUUAACGAAUAGUCUUAAGAUCUCAUCCAAAACCGUUUCAAACCCACAGAAAAAAAAAUUAAAAACAGACAACGGAAUAAAAACAAAUACCACCGCUUUGAGUUAUAUAUAUAAACUCAAUAAACCUCAUCACUCUUCCUUCUUCAUUCUUCCUUCCAAGAUUCUUAUCUUUAUUAAAGAGAAACAAAACUCUUCUUUUAUAAUUAACUUUUCUUUUUUCAUUGUUGUGUUCUCUCUCUCUUUCUCUCGCUGGAGAAAAAUGUUGGCUAUAUUUCACGAGGCCUUUGCUCACCCGCCGGAGGAACUCUACAGUCCGGCGUCUGAGAAAUGCUCUAAACAGCCCAAACUUCCAGAAGAAACCUUAGACGACUUCUUGUCUCGUCACUCUGACAACACUUUCUCCAUGUCUUUCGGAAAAGCAGCUGUUCUUGCUUACGUUCGUCCCUCUGCUUCCUUCUCAGUCCACCAGAGGUUGUUCUGUGGGUUUGAUGACAUCUACUGUCUCUUCUUUGGGAGCUUGAACAAUCUGUGUCAGCUAAACAAGCAAUAUGGUCUGACCAAGACAACAAACGAGGCCAUGUUUGUGAUUGAAGCUUAUAGGACUCUUAGAGACAGAGGUCCUUAUCCAGCUGAUCAGGUCGUCAAGGAUUUAGACGGUAGCUUUGCCUUUGUUGUUUAUGAUAGCAAAGCCGGCUCUGUCUUCACGGCUCUGGGAUCUGAUGGAGGAGUGAAGCUGUUUUGGGGAAUAGCUGCUGAUGGAUCUGUUGUGAUAUCGGAUGAUUUGGAUGUUAUCAAAGAGGGUUGUGCUAAAUCUUUUGCUCCAUUUCCUACUGGAUGUAUGUUCCACAGUGAAGGAGGGUUAAUGAGCUUUGAGCAUCCGAUGAACAAGAUAAAGGCGAUGCCGAGAGUGGACAGUGAAGGAGUCCUAUGUGGUGCUAACUUCAAGGUGGAUGUGUACACGCGUGUUAACAGUAUCCCUCGUCGAGGAAGUGAAGCCAAUUGGUCUCUCUGAAUGCCUUGCAUUCUCUCAACUUCCUAAAUGAUACUUUCCUUUCCGCACUUUCAUGCUCCGUUCUUGUUCUUCUCUACUUCUGUUAUGGAAUAAGCCAUGAAUAAAAACUGUGAAUAGCUUUCGAGGUUCUAUAUAAAAAUAAAUUUCUCAGCGCUCA